CAAUAUCAGGAUCCUGCAGUGAUUUAAGUAAAUCAAUUAUUAUGACAAUCAACAUUUUUUUUCUGUUGUGCAGAGUCAACAAAGUCCUUUUAUAUUGAGUGAGACACCCCCCUCCACUUCCCUUGCAGAGUGAGAAGAUCUGUUUAGCACAAUUAAUAAAGUUGUGUACAUACCAUGUCUGUGGAUAUGCUCCAAGUUCCAUGUUUCACGCUGGGCAGAAUUCUUCUUUUGCUCAUGGUAACUCUACAAUCGAUUUCUUCAUGCCCCAAGAUAUGCCAUUGCACUGAGAAAAAUGGAAUGAAAACUGUUCAUUGUACAUCUCGCAACUUGGAAACAAUACCUACAGACCUGCCAAAAGAUACUGUCUCUUUGCUCUUGGACUCGAACAAAAUCACAAAAAUACCAAACAAUGCAUUCAAGGACCUUUACCAUCUUCAGGAACUGGACUUAUCAAAGAAUGCUAUUGAGACAGUUGAUACCAGCGCAUUCAAAGGUGUGGCAGAAGGGCUUCAUCUGCUUGAUCUGUCACACAACCUCAUUCAGAGUGUCCCCAAAGAGGCCUUCACCAAAUUAAAGGGUAAGAUCCGCCUUGCAAAUAACCCAUGGCACUGUGAGUGCUCACUACAGGAGGUGCUACGGGAGCUCAAGCUUGACCCAGAAACUGUCAAUGAGAUCAGUUGCCAGACUUCAGUGCAAGAGGAGUAUGUGGGAAAGCCCUUGAUCCAGGUCCUGGACUCUGGCAUUAACUUUUGCAAUUUUCACCAUAAGACAACUGAUGUGGCAAUGUUUGUAACCAUGUUUGGCUGGUUCACAAUGGUAAUUUCAUAUAUUGUAUAUUAUGUAAGGCACAAUCAGGAAGAUGCCAGGCGGCAUCUGGAAUACUUGAAGUCACUUCCUAGCACCCAAAUUUCAAAGGACUUUGAUACGAUUAGCACAGUUCUAUAAUAAGGAUUUUUUUAAUUCAUAAAGCACUGCCCACAAUUUGCCUUUAUAAAAGAUCAGAAUGUAAAAAUGCAAUAUGAAUGUGAACCUGGCAUAUUUAAGAUAACUGUGAUAUUCAGGUACAGGACUGGGGUCUGCUUUUCACCUGAUGCUGCUCAAAUUCUGAAAAAAAACAUUCCAAAAAUGGAUGGUUCUUUAAUACAAAGAGUAUAAAUAGAAAAACUGUAGAGCUAUCUAGCAUAACAGAUUUCUACUGAGAGAUACCCCCUAUUGUAGAACACAAAAACAAAUACAUAAUAGCAUAAAAGAAGAGAAUAACCUUUUUAGCACAUAGCUUAUAUUUAUAAUAAUAAUAAUACAUUUUAUUUAUAUAGUGCCUUUCCCAUGCUCAAGGCACUUACAGUUAUUUCAAAAAUAUUGCUGAUAUUUCAAGGUGAACACACAGUUCCAGUAACAAGACAUUCUUUCAGUUUGCCUCAGAGGGAUUCAGAGC